AUGUUGCAAUCGCACGCGGCCAAGAGGGCCCUUCAAUCCCUUCCCAGACGCCGCCCAUUCUCCACCACCCCAUCCCCAGCUGCCAUUUCGCCCUACCGACCCGGAUCCCAACAAACACAAUCCACACAGUCCGCCCGACGUAAUGUCUCGGACACGGCAUCACGGCCUGCGCAGGCAGCCACGGCGACCCAGACACAACGAACCGUGCCCAGUCCUGCCUUCAAUCGCGAAAUGGACCCCAAACCACAGCCUCUGCAGCCAUUCCGCCAGCCCGAAAUGGAUCACAGCUUUGUGGGCAUGAAGGGUGGAGAAAUCUUUCACGAGAUGAUGUUGCGGCAUAACGUCAAGCACGUCUUCGGCUACCCCGGAGGCGCCAUUCUCCCCGUCUUCGAUGCCAUCUACAACAGCCCGCACUUUGACUUUAUCCUCCCCCGACACGAGCAGGGCGCCGGACACAUGGCCGAGGGUUAUGCGCGUGCGUCGGGCAAAUGUGGCGUGGUGAUUGUUACCUCGGGACCCGGGGCCACCAACACCAUCACUCCCAUGCAGGAUGCCCUCAUGGAUGGAACUCCCAUGGUUGUCUUUUGUGGACAGGUACCAACUUCGGCCAUUGGUUCCGAUGCCUUCCAAGAAGCCGAUACCAUCGGCAUCUCCAGAGCAUGCACCAAGUGGAAUGUCAUGGUCAAGAACAUUGCCGAACUCCCCAGACGCAUUAACGAGGCGUUUGAGAUUGCCACCUCGGGCAGACCAGGUCCUGUCUUGGUCGAUUUGCCCAAGGAUGUCACGGGCGGAACUCUGCAACGUCCCAUUCCCAUGACUUCAACCCUCCCAUCCCAUCCAUCCGCCGCGACCGUCGCAGCACGCGAAUUGUCCGUCAAGCAGCUGGACGGCAGCAUUCGCCGAUCCGCAGACCUCAUCAACAUGGCCAAGAAGCCCGUCGUCUACGCCGGACAGGGAGUUCUCGGUCACCCCGAUGGCCCCAAGUUCUUGAAGGAGCUUUCCGAAAAGGCCCAGAUCCCCGUGACAACCACCCUGCAAGGUCUGGGUGCGUUUGAUGAACUCGACUCGAAAUCUCUCCACAUGCUUGGUAUGCACGGUUCCGCGUUUGCCAACAUGGCCAUCCAAGAAGCCGAUUUGGUGAUUGCGUUGGGUGCACGAUUCGACGAUCGUAUCACCGGGCACGUUCCACGAUUCGCCCCUCAGGCACGUCUGGCCGCAGCCGAAGGUCGCGGUGGUAUCAUCCACUUUGACAUUCAACCCAAGAACAUCAACAAAGUCGUGCAAGCGACCGAGGCGGUCGAGGGAGAUGUCACUGCCAACUUGGCCCUUCUCCUCCCACACAUCAACACUGUUCAGGAGUCAGACAGAGGAGACUGGUUUGGACAGAUCGCUGCGUGGAAGGAGCGAUUCCCCUGGGCCUACGAGAAGGAAGAUGGUCCAGAUGGAGCCAUCAAGCCACAAACCGUCAUUUCCGCCCUCUCCGACCUCUGUGCCGACCGCAAGGAGGAAACCAUCAUCGCAACUGGUGUCGGUCAACAUCAAAUGUGGACCGCCCAACAUUUCCGAUGGCGUUCCCCUCGCACCAUGAUCACCUCGGGGGGUCUCGGAACCAUGGGCUACGGUCUUCCCGCGGCCAUUGGAGCCAAAGUUGCCAUGCCGGACAAACUCGUCAUCGACAUUGACGGCGAUGCCUCCUUCCUCAUGACCCAAACCGAACUCAGCACCGCCGCCGAAUUCGGCAUCGGCGUCAAAGUGCUCGUGUUGAACAACGAAGAGCAGGGCAUGGUCACGCAAUGGCAAUCCCUCUUCUACAACGACCGCUUCUCCCACACCCAUCAACGAAACCCGGAUUUCGUCAAACUUUCCGAAGCCAUGCACGUUCCCGCCCGCAGGACCACCAAACUCGCGGAUCUCAAGGCGGAUCUGGAGUGGUUGACCGUCGGGUCGGGUCCGGGACCGGCUUUCUUGGAGGUUAAGGUCGAUCAAAAGGUCCCCGUCUUGCCCAUGGUUCCUGGCGGCAGCGCGUUGCAUGAGUUUUUGGUGUAUGAUGAGAAGAAGGAAAAGGAGCGAAGAAAGCAGACAAAGGAGAGGUCGGGGCGGUGA